GAGCGCAUGAUCAGGGGCAACCCUGUCUGAAGCACCGCAGGUGGUCGGAGAGAGAGAGGGAGAGAGAGAGAGAGAGAGAGAGAAUGAGAAUGAGAGAGAGAGGCGUGCUGCACAUUGGUCGGGCUACUUUUCUGACGACACACCGACAAUCGUCAACCUGUGGAUAGAGCGCGCACGGGGCUCUGUUGUCUCCACUGCCACCCUCUCCCCUCUGACAUCAAUCCGGACAUCCAGGACGCAUGAACUGGGAGAGGGUGCCCGGUCGAUUCCAGAACGGAGGAGAGGAAAAGAAAAGUUGAGGGGUCGUGCGCCACCCCCGCUUCAUGAAUGGCCGGAACAUGGAGGAGAUGCCAUUCGAAAGAGUCAAGACCCGACGGAGGAAGGGUCACUGUCCGGCCGGUGCACGCCUGGGCGCCAUCGCCUGCGAGGACGAGUUCAACAGCCAGGAGCUGGAAGCUCUCUUUCAAAACUACAACCUGAAGCUGGAGCAGACCGCCACGCUCAAAGCGCUGGCGGUCCUCAUCGUGGCCGCGUCGUCUCUGUCCCUGAUGGAGCUGCUCUCCAACCCGCGUCUCACCUUGUCCAAGGGCUCCUACCCGGUGCACUGCGUGGUGUUCCUGUCGCUGUUUAUCGUCACCAACGUUAAAUACCUGCAGGUGACGCAGCUGCAGCAAAUAGCGAAGCUGGCCCUGCUCUUCAGCUUCACCUUUGCGCUGCUCUGCUGCCCGUUCCCGCUAGCACUCGCCACUUCGGAGCCGGUGAGCGCCGGGACCCCUGAGCAAGGCGUGUGGCAGCUCAUGCUAGUCACCCUCGUGGCUUACGUGCUGCUGCCGGUGCGGACGCUGCUGGCUGUGCUGUUCGGGGUGAUGCUGGCUGCAUCCCACUUCAUUGUCAUAGCGACGUCGGUCACUGGAAGGAAACAAAAGCUAUGGAGACCGCUGGUGGCCAACGCAGUGCUAUUCACCAGCGUCAACUUGUCGGGGGUGUUUGUGAGGAUUCUCACUGAGCGCACCCAGAGGAAAGUCUUCCUGCAAGCCCGCAACUGCAUCGAGGAGAGGCUGAGACUGGAGGAUGAAAAUGAGAAACAGGAGCGUCUGCUAAUGAGCCUACUGCCCAGGAAUGUUGCCAUGGAGAUGAAGGAGGACUUCCUGAAGCCUCCUGAAAGGAUCUUUCACAAGAUCUACAUCCAACGUCAUGACAAUGUCAGCAUCCUUUUUGCAGACAUUGUGGGUUUCACCAGCUUGGCUUCUCAGUGCACUGCCCAGGAACUGGUCAAACUGCUCAACGAACUCUUUGGGAAGUUUGAUGAGCUGGCUACAGAGAAUCACUGCAGGCGGAUAAAGAUCCUGGGGGACUGUUACUACUGUGUAUCGGGACUGACCCAACCCAAGGCAGACCAUGCCCACUGCUGUGUGGAGAUGGGACUGGACAUGAUUGACACAAUCGCGUCUGUGGUGGAGGCGACAGAGGUGGAUUUGAACAUGCGUGUUGGUCUGCACACAGGACGGGUGCUGUGUGGCGUGCUGGGCCUCAGGAAAUGGCAGUAUGACGUCUGGUCAAACGAUGUCACACUGGCAAAUGUGAUGGAGGCCGGAGGCCUGCCGGGCAAGGUGCACAUCACAAGGACCACCCUGGAGUGUUUGAAUGGAGACUACGAGGUGGAACCGGGCUUUGGCCACGAGAGACAUGCCUUCCUUCAGAAACAUCACAUAGAGACCUAUUUCAUCGUGCCAUCACACAGACGCAAAAUCUUCCCAGGUCUUAUUCUGUCAGACAUCAAACCAGCCAAGAGGAUGAAGUUCAAGACAGUGUGCUACCUGCUGGUGCAGCUGAUGCACUGUAGGAAGAUGUUCAAGGCUGAGAUCCCCUUCUCCAACGUUAUGACCUGCGAAGAUGACGACAAGCGGAGAGCCCUGCGGACCGCGUCAGAGAAGCUGAGGAGUCGGACAUCUUUCUCGGCCACCGCCGUGCAGCACUCACCAGGAACACGAGUCAACCGCUACAUCGGGCGGCUCAUCGAAGCGCGGCAGACCGAGUCCGAAACAACAGACCUCAACUACAUCACCCUGUUCUACAGGAGCAGAGACAGGGAACGCAGGUAUCACCAGGUCUAUGACGACCAUUUCAUCAGUGCAGUGGUUCUCUCGCUGAUCCUCGCUGCUCUGUUUGGCCUUAUCUAUUUGCUAAUGAUUCCACAGGGGAUGCUGGUGCUGCUGCUGCUGGUGCUAUGUGUGUGUUUCCAUGUGGCCUGUGUCAUGUACCUACAUCUCACAAGUGUUCAGUGCCAACCAGGCUGCCUCACCAUCCAGAUCCGAACAGUGCUGUGUGUCUUCCUCAUUCUGCUUACCUACUCUGUUACCCAGGCUUGUGUGGUGGGAUGUGUUCCUUGGGGGAGAGUUGGGAUGAACUCCAGCGACUCAGUGGAGGACGUCCCCACAGAUGCCAACAGCACAACAGCCGACAGAGCUUGUCCCAACAUGGCAUACGCCCUGCUGUCCUGCGUGGCCGGCACCCUCACUAUUGUCCCCUACCUCAGAGUCUCCUCGGUCCCCAAGAUCCUCCUGCUCCUCCUCCUCUCUGUCACUUACACCGUCGUCAUGGAGACCAGUGGCUAUCGCCAAGCCGUGGGAGGAGGGUUUCUCCACACACGAGGGUACGAUCCUGUGUUGGCUGUCUUGCUGUUUUCUGGAGCUCUGGCUCUGCAUUCAAGACAGCUGGACCUGAAGCUACGACUGGACUAUCUCUGGGCUACUCAGGCGGAGGAGGAGAGAGACGACAUGGAGAAGGUGAAGCUGGACAAUAAGAGGAUCCUGUUCAACCUGCUGCCAGCUCAUGUGGCUCAGCACUUCCUCAUGUCAAACCCCAGGAACAUGGACCUCUACUACCAGUCAUACGCUCAGGUUGGAGUGUUGUUUGCCUCAAUCGCCAACUUCAACGACUUCUACAUUGAGCUGGACGGGAACAACAUGGGCGUUGAGUGUCUCAGGCUGCUCAAUGAGAUAAUCGCUGACUUUGAUGAGCUGAUGGACAAAGAGUGCUACAAGGAUAUUGAGAAAAUCAAGACUAUUGGCAGUACAUACAUGGCUGCUGUAGGGCUGGUUCCUACAACUGCCUCUAAGGCGAAGAAGUCCAUCACCUCACAUUUAUGCACAGUGUCAGAUUUUGCCAUCGAGAUGUUUGACGUCUUGGAUGCCAUCAACUACCAGUCUUACAAUGACUUUGUCCUGAGAGUAGGUAUCAAUGUGGGACCAGUGGUGGCAGGAGUGAUUGGAGCCAGAAGACCUCAGUAUGACAUCUGGGGAAACACAGUGAACGUAGCUAGCAGGAUGGACAGCACUGGAGUACAAGGAAAGAUACAGGUGACAGAGGAUGUUUAUCGUCUCAUCAAAGACUACUACAAUUUUGUUUGCCGUGGCCAGGUCAGCGUGAAGGGCAAAGGUCAGAUGCUCACAUACCUCUUGGAAGGGCGCAGGAAAAGCAGCAGGCCGUCUCAAAUCCAGCAGCAGACCGGCAACGCUGAGCGCCGUUUGAGCACAUUCACCCACGGCAGCGUGUGCACCAGGCUGAGCCCCGUCCCCGCAGUGACCACCUACGCUACCAUCAGGACCCCGAGCCCGAGCAUGUCCACAGCAACAACCUCCACCAGCACCACCAGGUACCUGCCCUCUGUCCCCACGGUAAUGGUGUGAAGGAUGCUGUUUUCAUGGCGACCCUGGAAAACAAGAAAAUGAGAGUGGAGCUGGGGAAAUAGCAUGGAUGGCAACAACAUGGCAGUAGCAGAGAGAGUUUAUUAAAAGAGUUUAUUAAAAGCAGGAAAAAGUAAAGCCGUUCUCCACUCUUCUUGUAUUGUCUGUGGGAGACACUGAUCGUCCAAUGGGAGUCCUUGACUCUGGGAUGGACUGCGUUUAGGACCAAUCAUGGGAGUCUGAGGCGGCCUCGGACCCUCUGAAUCUCCCUCCGCACUCGAACCCGUGGAGUGUCAUGAACGGGAUACAGGAUGCUUUAGCCACGUUGCUCUGUAAUCAAUCAAAGGCCACGGGUGUCUCCUCUAUUUCAGAGUUGAAAGCUGCAUCCACAACUCAGCAUCAAACAAAAACACAUCACAAUGAACGAUCGAUAGUGUAGCACGCAGGCCUCUCACAACAAUAUCCCCAAAUUCCUUUAACAACUUCAGCUGACCCUUUUCUCUCAGUAUAAAACCAAAUCAGUGCUGUUGCCUUAGCGACCACUCCUCACAAUGAGUUUCUUGCCAUUUUUUUUGUUGCCUUUUAGAUCUUGCAUUGAUUUAAUGGACAUAAAUUCAGAUUAAUUAAUUACAGGGGUCAUUGUUGUCCAAGAGAUACAUGUUUUUAAAGUGGAUGAAAUGUAUAAUUGUAAAUGGCAGUUAAUGGUAUAAACUUGCCAAAACACGACAGGGCAUUGCCUUCAAUCAUUUCUGGGUCGGUGAUACCCACCCUUUACUUUAACCCUCCAACGGCACAUGAGGUAAGCUCUUGAUUCCCUGAGCAGAGCUGUUCAGUGUCUUUAAGUGCAUGAUGCCACUGCUGCAUUCCAGUCAUGUUCGCUGUCUGUUUCCCUGUGAUGCUUGACUUCCAGAUUCUUCCUCGUCAAAGUGUAGCAAUAAAGCGGUUUGUCUCCUAUCUCAGCCUCUUCACCCUUGCAUGCUGUAGCCAGCUGGAUUCUAUUUUGACCUGAUAGUGUAUGUAGCCAAUAGAGUGUGCAUAGCUAGCCACACCAGUCUGUAUCUCUGUGGAGUUGAAGCAUGACUUAGAAAACUGAUUUUCUGUAUUGUGCGAGUGUGAUUCCUUCCUCAUGGAAUUAUGUUUAAAAAAGAAAACCUUUUCUGCGUGCUUGUUUAUUAAGAAAUAUUUUCUAUUGUUAAAAUAUUCUGUUCUACUAUUUUUAUGAACUUAAAGCUGCUUUGGUAGAGAGAAGAAAACUGAUGUUAAUGAGGAGACACCCAAACCUCUGUGUCUGGCUUCCUCAUACAAAUCCAGAUGAUUUAUUUUAUGGUAUAGCAUGCUACUCACAGUACGGCUUACCACAGCCAUUAACUCCUCUAAUCUGUUCUAGCAUGCACUGCCUGCAAGCCUGUGGCUCUUACAUGCAUGCUUUAAUGAAACAUUCAUACAGGCCGAGCAGCGGACCCACGGUGACUCUAUUUUAUUGUAGUCCUCAUGCAUGCGCUAAAGGUAGCGGUCUUCUUGAAUGUAAGGUGCUUUUUUGACCUGUGUCUUCUUCAUGAGUUUGGUGUGCAAACCCUUUUGAGGACAUUUUCAGGAUGGUUUGACAUCAGACCGGGGGUUCUUCCUCCUCCCCGCUCCUGCUGUAGUCAACAGGUAGCUGGUUUUCAAAUGUGCCAACCUAUUUUCAUAAACAUAUCAAACUUUUUCGUGUUGAGCUGUAGCACAACCGAAUGUGUGGCUACGGUUAUUGUGGAUUUCCUUUUGUUGAAUGGCUGUGUUUUUACUGUUUGAGCUGUUCCUUAACAGUUUUGUAACUCCAAAUGAUGACUCGUGCCCUGACAUGAAACCAUCAAAUCGUUGAUUUUAGAGAGAUUUAUUUGGACACCAUAACCUGAACGGACUGAUGUUGUACUUCUUAUAAUAUUUAAAAUAGAUUUUAAAGUCUAUAUAGUAGCUUGAAUGCUUACUUUGAGUUUCUAAGAGAUUAAAAAUGAGGAUUUUUAUACACUUGCUUUAAACAGUUGAUGGAAAGGAGUAAUGUACAAUAUUUUUCCUGUAAAUUGGAUAUUUUCAUACUGUAUGAUACGGGUUUCAAUUGGUAUAUGUAGGUAUUACUAGCUAUUAUUGUACAUUGUAGAGUCUUUUUCAGAGAUAUAUUAUGAAUGAUCGGAUAUUUGUCAAGUUCUUUUGUUGAAGAUGUAAUUAUUGAGAUGUUUUAUGUGAAUGUAAAUUUUGUUAAAGAUGAUAUUUUAUACUAAGUGUUUGCACUGCGAUGAUAUUGACGUAUUAUGAUUAUAAAAAUAAAGCCAGUGGGGAUGUGUCUCCUGGAG